AUGCGGACGCUACCAGUUUUAGUGAGAAUAUCGAUUGGGGCAGCAUGUUGUUUUAUUGUAUGCAGGGCUGUGGACACGUUUAUCUGCCCCGACGGUACCAAGUCUGUACAAUGUCUAACGAACCCAUGCGAAGUCACUCAAUGCGAGCGAUACCCAUACGCACGAUGUGAAGUUGAUUACUGUGGGAGGUGUAAGGCAACAUUCAUCGACAAUGAUGGUAGCGUAUUGGACUGCUGUGCGACAUACACGAAAGAUGCCAUUCCCCAAGACACGUUCAUUUGCCCAGAUGGUACUAAGUCUGUACAAUGUCCGACGAACCCUUGCGAAGUCACUCAGUGCGAGCGAUAUCCAUACGCACGAUGUGAAGUUGAUUACUGUGGGGGAUGUAUAGCAAAAUUUAUCGACAAUGAUGGUAGCGUUCUGGAUUGUGCCGAUAAGAAUCGAUGUACAGGUUCGUCACAUUCAGGUCACUGUAGAGCAAUGCUAUUACGAUGGUAUUUCGACCAAUCAACGGGAACGUGUGAACCUUUUAUCUACUCGGGGUGUGGAGGAAAUAGAAACAGGUGUAUUUCAGUCUGCGGAAAUUGGAUUCAAUGGAUCGACGAUGAAAAUGGUGGCGUGAUCGUCGAUGAAGUUGGCGAAUUCGAAUUCCUCCCGGACCUUCGUAUCCUACACGACAUAUGUGAGGUCCCGACCGCCAUUGAGUGUCGCACAGUAGUUGAACCUUUUACGCUAUCCUAUGAAACCGGGCAGACUGUAUACUGCGAUUUACCCGAUGGGCUAAUCUGUUUCCAUGGCGAUAACGUGUCUCCAUGUAUGAACUACAAGAUUAGGCUUUGUUGUGAAACGGAAGAACCUACAGUCACGGAGGAGGGAGCCACCGAAGAGGAUGAGAUAUGUAUUGGGGAUAAUUUGUAUAAGAUCGUUUUAGGCGACUCUUGUGACUGGCAUGAUGCAGACACAUAUUGCAAAACCAUCUUAGCUCCGAGAGGACAUGUCGCUGGCUUAGCAAAUCUAGGUGCCCGUAAAGUGCGUAACACAAUUCGGGAGAUUAUACAGCAGUCGCCGGGUUUGUCGAAUCCCAAAGGAAAAGGUUACUGGAUAGGAUGUCACGACGAAGAGGAGGAAGGCUCAUUUGUGUGGUUGAAUAGAAAUAAAGUGGAUGUACCACAAAAUGCAUGGCACCCCCGGCCAAACAAUAAACAGGCUAAAGCGUGCACAGCAAAGGGAAACGAUCAAGACUGCUGCCAACUUUGGGAAAGACCAAAAACUAAUCCUAGUUUCAAAAUGGAUGAUUCCUGUUGCACUGAUACAAAGUAUUUCAUUUGUGAAAUUCGUAAGUAA